AGGAAUGGCUUCCCUCUUUUGGCUCUCUUCCUUGGGCUCCGGAGCUUCAAGCUGAGCUGUAUUAGGGUAUUAAAAUGAUUCUCUCUUGGAUUUAGAAUUCACCUGAAACCAAAUCUAAACAGAAGCUUCCUUUACAUAAGAAGACAAAGCAGCAGGAAGAGGUAGUCAAAUUUCUUCAGUUGGGAUCCAGGGACUUGAUGAAUUUCAUUGCAUAUUCUGUUUCCCUGGGGGAAAAAAGCAAUUUGAAUGUCCAGGGAAACUUGGCAAGCAUUCUUGUCUGGAGAACUAUGUGUGAUUGUUCUUUCUUUACCAAUAUAAAAACUCUGCUCUUAGUUCUCCCUGUGUGCAGAGCCUUCUGUUGAACACUAAUGGAAGUUUCAGAAUAGAUCCACUCUCUGUUACUAUGUGUUCCCAGUUUAUUGUGGGAGAUAGGGCAGAAAAACAGAGAAGUAAUAGCAAUGUUUUGCAUUUAUAUACUUGCUAAAACACUUCUAAACUCAUCAUCUCAGUCAAUUCUUACAUUAAAAUUCUGUAAGUGGGGAGGAUAUAGUAAUGAUAGCCAAAAUUUACUGAGUUCUUACUGUGGGCCAAAAGGUGAUGUUAUUCUCAUUUCUUCAGAAUAACAGAACAGAGGAUUUGAGACAGGUGUAGUGACAAUGCCAGUAUCAGUAUGUUAACAUAGCCAGUGGCAGUGUUGCCUAACUAGUGACAGUGUGUCAGCUAAACUCCAGAUUGCAUAAUUCUCAAGCUGUGAGCUGCAAAGCUUACCCUUAGGAAUCUCUGCCCUCCAUGUUGGGCUCUGUGCCUGACUCCAGCAGCCUCUGAAGUAGAAGCUAUCAUAUUGCCAGGAUUCCUCCCAGCAUGGCAAACAGAACAGCUGGGGACAAGAGGGGUCAGUCCCCAGAGUGGAGCUAAGCAGAGACUGACAUCUGAAUCUCACUGCUUGGAUAUCAGAAAAUCUGUGGCUCCAACUAUCCACUGAGCAUUGCCUUCAUUGUGGUGAAUGAAUUCUGCGAGCGCUUUUCCUAUUAUGGAAUGAAAGCUGUGCUGAUCCUGUAUUUCCUGUAUUUCCUGCACUGGAAUGAAGAUACCUCCACAUCUAUAUACCAUGCCUUCAGCAGCCUCUGUUAUUUUACUCCCAUCCUGGGAGCAGCCAUUGCUGACUCAUGGUUGGGAAAAUUCAAGACAAUCAUCUAUCUCUCCUUGGUGUAUGUGCUUGGCCAUGUGAUCAAGUCCUUGGGUGCCUUACCAAUACUGGGAGGACAAGUGGUACACACAGUCCUAUCAUUGGUCGGCCUGAGUCUAAUAGCUUUGGGGACAGGAGGCAUCAAACCCUGUGUGGCAGCUUUUGGUGGAGACCAGUUUGAAGAAAAACAUGCAGAGGAACGGACUAGAUACUUCUCAGUCUUCUACCUGUCCAUCAACGCAGGGAGCUUGAUUUCUACAUUUAUCACACCCAUGCUGAGAGGAGAUGUGCAGUGUUUUGGAGAAGACUGCUAUGCAUUGGCUUUUGGAGUUCCAGGAUUGCUCAUGGUAAUUGCACUUGUUGUGUUUGCAAUGGGAAGCAAAAUAUACAAUAAACCACCCCCCGAAGGAAACAUAGUGGCUCAAGUUUUCAAAUGUAUCUGGUUUGCUAUUUCCAAUCGUUUCAAGAACCGUUCUGGAGACAUUCCAAAGCGACAGCACUGGCUAGACUGGGCAGCUGAGAAAUAUCCAAAGCAACUCAUUAUGGAUGUGAAGGCACUGACCAGGGUACUAUUCCUUUAUAUCCCAUUGCCCAUGUUCUGGGCUCUUUUGGAUCAGCAGGGUUCACGAUGGACUUUGCAAGCCAUCAGGAUGAAUGGGAAUUUGGGUUUUUUUGUGCUUCAGCCGGACCAGAUGCAGGUUCUAAAUCCCCUUCUGGUUCUUAUCUUCAUCCCAUUGUUUGACUUUGUCAUUUAUCGUCUGGUCUCCAAGUGUGGAAUUAACUUCUCAUCACUUAGGAAAAUGGCUGUUGGUAUGAUCCUAGCGUGCCUGGCAUUUGCAGUUGCAGCAGCUGUAGAGAUCAAAAUAAAUGAAAUGACCCCAGCCCAGCCAGGUCCCCAGGAGGUUUUCCUACAAGUCUUGAAUCUGGCAGAUGAUGAGGUGAAAGUGACAGUGGUAGGAAAUGAAAACAAUUCUCUGUUGAUAGAGUCCAUCAAAUCCUUUCAGAAAACACCACAGUAUUCCAAACUGCACCUGAAAACAAAAAGCCAGAAUUUUCACUUCCACCUGAAAUAUCACAAUUUGUCUCUCUACACUGAGCAUUCUGUGCAGGAGAAGAACUGGUACAGUCUUGUCAUUCGUGAAGAUGGGAACAGUAUCUCCAGCAUGAUGGUAAAGGAUACAGAAAGCAAAACAACCAAUGGGAUGACAACUGUGAGGUUUGUUAACACUUUGCAUAAAGGUGUCAACAUCUCCCUGAGUAAAGAUACCUCUCUCAAUGUUGGUGAAGACUAUGGUGUGUCUGCUUAUAGAACGGUGCAAAGAGGAGAAUACCCUGCAGUGCAUUGUAGAACAGAAGAUAAGAACUUUUCUCUGAAUUUGGGUCUACUAGACUUUGGUGCAGCAUAUCUGUUUGUUAUUACUAAUAACACCAAUCAGGGUCUUCAGGCCUGGAAGACUGAAGACAUUCCAGCCAACAGAAUGUCCAUUGCAUGGCAGCUACCACAAUAUGCCCUGGUUACAGCCGGGGAGGUCAUGUUCUCUGUCACAGGUCUUGAGUUUUCUUAUUCUCAGGCUCCCUCUAGCAUGAAAUCUGUACUGCAGGCAGCUUGGCUAUUGACAAUUGCAGUUGGGAAUAUCAUCGUGCUUGUUGUGGCACAGUUCAGUGGCCUGGUACAGUGGGCCGAAUUUAUUUUGUUUUCCUGCCUCCUGCUGGUGAUCUGCCUGAUCUUCUCCAUCAUGGGCUACUACUAUGUUCCUGUAAAGACAGAGGAUAUGCAGGGUCCAGGAGAUAAGCAGAUUCCUCACAUCCAAGGGAACAUGAUCAACCUAGAGACCAAGAAGACAAAACUCUGAUGACUCCCUGGAUUCUGUCCUGACCCCAAUUCCUGGCCCUGUCUUCAAGCAUUUUUUUUUCUUCUACUGGAUUAGACAAGAGAGAUAGCAGCAUAUCAGAGCUGAUCUCCUCCACCUUUCUGCAAUGACAGAAGUUCCAGGACUGGUUUUCCAGGACAUCUUUAAACAAGGCCCCUGAGAUUCUAUGUCUGCCUGUCUAUCAAUGAACUCAUUAAAACUUACGCAGUGUUGCUGGAGCUGGCCUGGUGUCUCCAAGUGGCCAUGAAAAUACACAUGUAUAAUGGAGAUCAUUCUCUGUGGGUAUGCAAAGUUAUGGGAAUUCCUUUAUAGGUAACUGGCAUUUAGGACUGAUGGCCCUAAUUUUUGAGGUACUGAUUUAGAGGUAAAAUUGCAGAAUAACAAAGGAAUGGUAUUUCUAGUUUUUUUUUUGUAAGCAAUGUAAUUAUGCUAUUCACAGGUGCCUCAAGAAUUGGUAUGUAUGAUGUGAUCUGGUCCAGCCAGGGCCUGGUUUGUCAGCUAUCUAGGUUUGAUAAGACUUUAGUAAAUUUGUCAAUACAAAUCGUAGGAAGCAGAAUGUCAUUUUAUUAAAACACAGGAGAAGUUAUAUCUUUCUGAUUAUGAUAGUAUUUUAUUUGCUUAUCCAAACACUCCUUUCUCAGUAUGGAUAGAUCAUGGAAACCAGAUUAGAGACAGUAAACAUUAGUAAACAUGGUUCUGGAGAACAGGAACAGGUGUAAGUUAUAGAAAUCCUGAAGAGCCAGUCAUUCUUUUACAGAGUACAUUCUUCUUAGCCUCUAUGGCACUGAACUGUGCCCUUCAGUGAACAGUUGUAGAAACAAUAAUUAUAAUUUGCAACUUUGUCUUAUCAACCUUGCUGACCCAGUUUUUUCUUAUUAUUACACCUUGUCUUGCUUAUUGCUGCAAAUAUUCAAUAACAACAAUGUUUCUAUAAGUCCAACUUCCUUUAUUAAUGUUUCCAUUUAGCCUCAAAAAUAGCAAAGUAGUAGUCCCUUUUUGAUGUUGCUUUCCUGAUUUACUUUUCCCAUGUUUUAAAUACCAUUUCUUCCUUGAAGCCUAGAAAUUUUCUUUUUAUUCAAAAAGAGUUACAUUAAUGCCUAAGUUUGAGCUCCUAAAAUGGAAAUAGUCAAUAGAGGGGCAUGGUCCUAUAUGAGGUUCCUACCAAAAUUUGUGGGAGUAGGGGUGGUAGAGCAUGAGGGUUUUGUUUGUGUAUGUGUGUGGUCAUGAAAAAUAUUGAGAAACAUUACCUCACACACAAUGAAUGAAUCAGAGGACAGACGGAAAUGUCAUGACUGUGCAGUGUGUUACUAGGAAAAAAGUUCAGAAUCACUGUUCUAGAAAGUCUCAUUUCCAUUGGUUUUAAAACAUUAUUCUCAUGUAGAACAGUGUUGGGUGUCAUACUGUUAAUGUUAACAGGUAACAAUGUUAAUGUUAACAGGUACCUGUUAAUAUUAACAGAUAAUGUUACUGUUAACAGGUAAGAGAAAUUGCUCUAAGUGCCCAAGCUUUAUAUACUUCAGUUUUAAUGACAAGCAUUUCAGAAGUACAAGAGUGGCAGCAAGACCAACCAGUUUUUCCAGAUAUAUUGAUGUGAACCUGACCCUACUCCUUUAGAAGACAGCCUGUUCAUUUUUAAAUAACUUUAACCCAAACUGUUCUAUGACCAUUGUUUCAAGAGACAUUAACACAGCUCUGUAAAUAGAAGUGUCUAUGGACAAAUAAGUUUGGGAAAUGUGGCAUACUGUAUCCUUUUCUUAACAUUUGCAUAUUAAAGACUGUGAGAUAUCCCGCAGUAAAGA